AUGGCGUGGUCGCCGUACCUUUCCACUCGAGCCUCCACACCCUGUGCUUCUCUCACAUUCCUCAUCGGCUCUACAACAAGGAAAAGCUUCGUGUCUCUCAGCGGUGGCGCCGCCGCGCGUUCCCCGUUUCUUCAUUGCUCCUUCAUCUCUUCCUCCUCUAUCGCUUCCACUUCCGCCUUCUCAUGUUUAUCUUUAGGUUUAGAUUUGAGCUCUAGUGUUAGGAUUGGAAGAAGAAGAGGCUCUGGCUUAGUGGUGAGGGCCGGGAAGGUUGCCCUAUGUCUAACCAAGAGAAGUAAGUCCAGGAAAUCCUUGGCUCGAACUCAUGGAUUCUAUAGGCGCAUGAGAACAACUGGAGGGAAAGCAAUGAUGAAGCACCGAUAUGCUAAGGGGCUGAAGGUCCUCUACACGAAGAGCAAUCCCAGCAGUGGAAAACAGCCAGCACCGCCGAUCCAAUAG